AUGUGGAUCAAUCAAAUGGUGCUCAAAUAUGAUGAGCUAAAAGCUAGAAAAAUUCCAAUUCAUAGAUCAACACCAGGUUUUAGAACUCAAACUCCAGAAGCCAGACAAUUCAUAGCAUCACAACCAGCAUAUACCACAGAGAUCAAUGAAUGGGUUGAGACUAUCCCACCAGCUAAUCCAAGACAGCACAGAAAAGGUAUUUAUUCAAUUGAUUGUGAAACUGUUUGGACUACUACAGGUACACAAGUUGGUAGUAUAACAAUAAUAGAUUGGAGAAAUUAUGAAGUAUUGAAUGUGAAAGUUAGACCAAGUAGUCGAGUGCUAAACUAUAAUGGAAUGGUCAGUGGUCUUGAUGGGAAACAAUUGUUCCAAGCACCAGGUUUAUGGACCCAAGGUCAAGUUCAAGCUUUCAUUGUGGAUAAAAUCAAAACUACAGAUAUUAUAGUUGGCAUGCAAUUGAAAAUGAUUUGA